AUGGCUGAACAAGUAGAGAGGGCAUUUCUGAAGCAACCAACGAUCAACCUUAAUAAUAAGGCUCGUAUAUUGGCCGGCAACAAAAAAGUUCCUCGAUAUGUUCGCAACAUUGGGCUUGGUUUCAAGACUCCACAAGAGGCUAGCCAAGGUACAUACAUCGACAAGAAAUGCCCUUGGACUGGCAAUUGCUCAAUCCGCGGGAACAUUUUGACUGGUGUAGUCUUGAAGAAUAAGAUGACAAGGACUAUAAUAGUUCGUCGUGACUAUCUCCAUUUCGUUAAAAAGUAUCGCCGUUUCGAGAAGCGUCACAAGAAUGUUCCAGCUCACUGCUCACCAGCAUUCCGAGACAUUGCUCCUGGAGAUUUGGUCACCAUUGGAGAAUGCCGUCCUCUCUCCAAAACUGUUCGAUUCAAUGUCUUGAAAGUAAACAAAGCCGGAUCAACAAAGAAAGGAUUUGCCAAGUUUUAA